UUCGGGUUGCCGUAGUAAUGAAAAGCUGAGGCACUCCUCCUCAAUGAACGUUGGAAAGAUGGCGACGGCAUACGCACAAGCUAUAGUUGACUGUGCCGGCGGAUAGAAAGUGCUUAAAAGAGACAAAUAUCCCCCAGCUUUGCAAAGGUUUACCAGUGCAAAGUCAGUCUGAUAUCGCUUAGACAUGGUUCAGCCCAUGCACGGCUAGGAAUACGAAGCCGCUGUUCUGCUAUGGAGCCUCCGGAUCGCAACAAGCCCAGCAGGCAGGCCAAGCCAGCGAGAGAUGCAUCUCCACAAAACCUUGAGCUGGAUGAAUUCUGGGACUCUCCCAUCGAAGAAGGAGAGUCUCUGUAUGGCACAUCACCUCCUCAUAACCCCCGGCAGAUAAAGCGUAUGUCGGGCAAACAUCAAAAGAGCAGCCAAUCUCGGAACGCUGGUCGGUCUCCAAACAAGGACCUCAGCCCAUCUGUCCAGAAGGAGACUCCCAAACCAGUAGAGAACCUUGAGGAAAACAGCUAUAAGCAGGGCAAGAAGCAGAGGACCACCCAGCGUUCUACCCAGAGAGACCAGAAGAAGACCUUUCAUGCUGAAGCAGGAACUUUCAUGCUGGAUCCACUCUCAAAGUCAAGCCAUUUCAGUGCUAUCAGCAUGGAUCCAAGGAAGCAUUACUUAAGCUUAGGCUGCAGCAGCUGUAAGCUUCCUGUGACUGUGCCCCAUAUGGCCCGCACCCACCGGCAGACCUCCAGGACAGACUGUCCAGCUGACCGCCUCAAGUUCUUUGAGACUCUCCGACUCCUGCUCAAGCUCACGUCUAUGUCCUCCAAGAGGAAGGAGAAGGAGCAGAGAGGAUUGGAGAACAUGGCCUUUAUGGGUCACAACAAUGAGGUCAUUUGGUUGGAGCUGCAGGCGUGGCAUGCACGGCGCUCCACCAGUGACCAAGACGUUUUUCUUUUCACAGCUCGCCAAGCUAUUCCUGAUAUUAUCAAUGAGGUGCUGCACUUUAAGGUCAACUAUGACGCUCUGAGAGGGGCUCAGUGCUCAGAGUCUCAAACAGUCCAGCAGGACUGCACGGCUGCUCCGGGAUCUGCCUGUGAAGAGAGGGGGCCCCUUGCUGUAGCAGAGACCAACCACUGUGGAGUGGAUCCCUGGGGCUUCAGCGCCUGCGUCUCCUCUGCCGUGAACGCCGCAGAGCCUCUGGGUUCGGGCGCUGAUUGCAGGGAACACCUCCAGCGCCAGCAGCUGGCCUUCGAGCAGGUCAAGCGGGUGAUGGAACUUUUGGAGUCGGUUGAAGCUUUGUAUCCCUCUUUGCAGGCCCUACAGAAGGACUAUGAAAAGUACGCAGCCCGGGACUUCCAGGGCAGGGUGCAGGCACUCUGUCUGUGGCUCAAUAUCACUCAAGAUCUCAACCAGAAGCUGCGCGUCAUGGCCACUGUGCUGGGCCUCCAUGAUCUGUCCCGCAUCGGGUGGCCCGUGUUUGAGAUACCGUCACCUCGCUGCUCCCGUGGGAAUGAAGAAGAGGAAAACGAGGACGAUGAAGAGAACGGCUCAACAGCCACUUUCACAGCUGAAAGUGACGAAGAGGACAGAGAUUCUGUCGAAGACGAGGAAGUUGGACUUGUAGCAGAGGAAGACUUGUCUCCCACCCUGACUCCUAAAGUUGCUCGAUUGUUGUCAGAGGAUGAGUUUCUCCCAACGGCGACUUUGGGGAACCCUGAAGUGACUGUGGGAGGAGAAGUAUUCUGGCCCACAGCCAUUUACAGACCAUUUGUGGAUAAAGCUCUGAAACAGAUGGGACUGCGUAAACUGAUCCUCAGACUGCACAAACUGAUGGACCGCUCUCUUCAGAGGGCCCGAGCAGCGCUGCUCCGACACACUCCCGCACUGGAGUUUGCAGACUUUCCGGACCCCCUGCUGUACAGCGACUACCUGCCCGAGCUGGCGCGCCACGCAUCCUGCAGCGGAGCGGCCGAUCCAGAACUAGGAGCAGACCAGGUGUCUUGGGAGGAUUUGCUGGACAUGGAUCUCCCAUCAUUUCGGCCGGCAUUCCUCGUGCUUUGCAGAGUUCUUCUCAACGUCAUUCACGAAUGCCUUAAACUGCGACUUGAACAGAGGCCUGCUGGAGACCCCUCACUGCUCAGCAUCAAACAGCUGGUGCGUGAGUGUAAGGAGGUUCUGAAGGGAGGCCUUCUGAUGAAGCUGUACUACCAGUUCAUGCUGCGUGGAGUGGUGACUGAUGCUCAAGGCCUACAAACAAAUGCCAAUAUUGAUGAGUUUGAAGAAGACCUUCACAAGAUGCUGGUGGUUUACUUUGAGUACAUGCACAGUUGGAUAAAAAUGCUGCAGCAGCUGCCUCAGGCCUCUCACAGCUUAAAGAACCUGUUGGAGGAAGAAUGGCAAUUCACUAAGGUUAUAACUCCUUACAUCCGAGGAGGGGAGGCCCAGUCAGGGGAACUUUUCUGCAACAUUGCUGGGAUGCUGCUGGAGUCCACUGGAGAGUUUCUGGAUGCUGGUCUGCAAAAAAGUGGUAAAAAAUUCUGGGAAUGUGCGGAUGACAGCACAGCCUCAGACGAGAUCAGGCGCUCAGUCAUCGAGACCAGCCGGUCACUAAAAGAGUUGUUCCAUGAGGCCAGGGAGCGGGCGUCCAAGGCCCUUGGGUUUGCUAAAAUGCUCCGCAAGGACUUGGAAGUUGCUGCAGAUUUCAGCAUCACCAGUGGGGUGACCUGUCUCCUGGAGGCUCUGAAAAAGAGAAACUAUGUCAAGGUUCAGAUUCCAGGCCUGGAUGAGCUCCAAGUUUUUGUGCCUUUUAGCCUAAAGGAUCAGCGGGCUCUAAUCCUACAGCUUCUUAAUGCUGCCGCUGGCAAAGAUUGUUCCAAAGAGCCUGAUGAAAUUGCUGAGGAUGAUGCCUACCUGCUCAUUAGCAAGCACAAAGCAGGCAAUCCCACUGCUGAUUCUGAGUGGGCUCAGUGGGAUGGGGAGCUGCUCAAACUGGUCCCACAAAUGGAAACUGUUGACACUUUAAGGGCCAUGGAGGUGGAGAACAUGCUGUUGAUCGUGAUGCAGUCAGCUCACCUGGUGGCUCAGAGAAAGGCUUUUCAGCAGUCCAUGGAGGAUGUGCUCACCCUUAGCCGGGAGCAAACAUCUAGUCAGCCUCUCAUUGCGAGCGCACUGGAGGAUCUCAAGAACAAGGCAUUACAGCUAUGCAUUAAGAUAAGCACAGCCAUCGACCGGGUGGAAUAUAUGUUCACCACAGAGUUUGAAGCAGAGGUGGAGGAAUCGGAGUCAGCCACUCUGCAUCAGUACUACAGGGAGGCCAUGAUACAGGGCUACAAUUUUGCCUUUGAGUACCAUAAAGAGGUGGUGCGAUUGAUGUCUGGGGAGUUCAGGCAGAGGAUCGGUGAGCGCUACAUCGCCUUUGCACGCAAAUGGAUGACUUAUGUCCUGACCAAAUGUGAGAGCGGCAGGGGGACAAAACCAAGAUGGGCGACUCAGGGAUUUGACUUCCUUCAGGCUAUUGAACCUGCCUUCAUUUCUGCCUUACCAGAGGACGACUUCCUGAAUUUACAAGCAUUGAUGAAUGAAUGUAUUGGACAUGUGAUUGGAAAACCUCAUAGCCCAGUUACUGGCCUCUACAUUGCUCCUAGAAAUAGUCCUCGUCCUGUGAAGGUCCCUGCCCCUGUCCGCUGCCAUAGUGACCCACCAAAUCCCAAUUUGUUCAUCCCUAAUCCUGAGGGGUUCAGCUCUCGAAGUCUGCCCUGUGAUCUCCGGAACCAGCUGUUCCCCAACGGCCCUCGCCCUGUCCCUCAGGGCCCAGGGGAGCAAAGCCACAACAAAGUGCCCAGCAGCAGUCCCAGUGACGUCAGGGGAUCCAGUUUCCACGAAAAUGACCGCCUGUCAUCAGUUGCUGCAGAAUUGCAAUUCAAAUCCCUGAGCCGCCACUCCAGCCCCACCGAGGACAGAGAGGAACCGUCGUAUCCAAAAGGAGACCCUAACAGCGCAGCGCGGCGCAGCUGGGAGCUCCGCACCUUCAUCAGUCAGUCCAAAGACACGGCUGCACGGCAAAGCCCCAUGGAGGCUGUCCGCCGCUCCAUUCGCAAGUUCGAAGAGAAGCGAUACGGAAUGAUGAAGCAGCGCAACAUCAUUGGUCAAGUUUGUCACACCCCCAAGUCCUACGACAAUGUCAUGCAUGUUGGGCUCAGGAAGGUGACCUUCAAAUGGCAGAGGGGCAACAAGAUAGGCGAGGGGCAGUAUGGAAAGGUGUACACCUGCAUCAACGUGGACACUGGAGAACUGAUGGCAAUGAAGGAGAUCCGAUUCCAGCCAAAUGAUCACAAAACCAUCAAGGAGACUGCAGAUGAGCUGAAAAUAUUUGAAGGCAUUAAGCACCCAAACCUGGUGCGGUACUUUGGAGUGGAGCUCCAUCGGGAGGAGAUGUACAUCUUUAUGGAGUACUGCGACGAGGGCACUCUGGAGGAGGUGUCCAGACUGGGGCUCCAGGAACAUGUCAUCAGGCUUUACAGCAAACAGAUCACCACGGCCAUCAAUGUGCUGCACGAGCACGGCAUCGUCCACCGCGACAUCAAGGGAGCCAACAUCUUCCUGACGUCAUCGGGCCUGAUUAAGCUGGGGGACUUUGGCUGCUCGGUCAAGUUGAGGAACAACACUCACACCAUGCCAGGAGAGGUGAACAGCACGCUGGGAACAGCCGCGUACAUGGCACCUGAAGUCAUUACAAGAGCGAAGGGGGAGGGUCAUGGACGAGCAGCAGACAUCUGGAGCUUGGGCUGCGUCCUCAUUGAGAUGGUGACUGGAAAGCGGCCUUGGCACGAGUACGAACACAACUUUCAGAUCAUGUACAAAGUGGGCAUGGGCCACAAACCUCCGAUUCCUGAGAAGCUGAGCACAGAGGGGAAGGACUUCCUCGGUCACUGCUUGGAGAGUGAACCUAAACGUCGCUGGACAGCUAGCAUGCUGCUGGACCACCCGUUUGUUAAGGUUUGCACAGAUGAAGAGUGAAUGGCACCUCUGGCUCUACGUUUACAAACUGAAGCACUACUGUACAUGCUGUUGGCAAAAGAAAAACGAACUGUGGACAUGGAGAAGAAGGAGUUUUUAGCUAAAGGCACAUGGAGUUAAACUGAGGAACUAAUACAGUAUCAUUUCAGAGGACAACUGGAUCUAUGGAUUAUAAAAUUGUUGUGUCUUUAUGUAUCCAUGGGGCCAGGGAAGGCGGGGCAGGGGUGGGACUGUACAUACUGUAAGAAUAGGAUUGGCUUUAAUUCAUGUAUAAACAAUAUUGUAAAGUUUAAGUAAUUAUUGCCACAUUUAUUUGUUCUCACUGGUGAAGAGAUGUUUGAAAAGGCAUUGAGGAAUACUUUGGUUUAUUUUUAACAAACAGGAGGAGGAGGUGGGAGAAUACCUAUAGCACUUUUAAACUGUUUACCCGAGGGAACAGUUGAGUAGAGGAGGGGUGAAUCUUAAUUCUGUCUGAGGUAAGGUUUGGUAAGUUUCCGUGAAUGGAAGGAGGCGCUGAAUUACCUAUGAAACAAAUACCAUCCAAAUAGUCAGAUACAUAUAUAUCAGCUGUCAUCCAGCAAGUGCAGGCUCAUGGAAGGACUUUAAAGAAAGUUUUCUUUGCCUUUGCUGAAAAGAAAUGGUCACCUUGGUUCACUUCCACUGGUCAUCAGUGAAGAGCUGUUCUUGUGACUGGAGCGAAGCCAACUAAAGAGGAGAAACGGGGCCUACUCUCCCUUCCUGCUGCUGAGCGCAAACAUCCACAACAAAACGCACACACAUUCACACACACCACAACUUUUGGUCCUCUGCUGCUCUUACAGUGUUUACUAUGUAAAAACAAUAUUAAUAAACCAAUCGUUUUUUUAAAUCUGUUUUUUGUUUUAUUUUCUUUCACCAUUCAAA